GAAGAUGUCUGAGCGGGGAGAAGCGCCGGCGGCAUCGGCGGGAGCGGGGGGCGAGAUGCCGGCUAAGAAGCAAAAGCUGAGCAGCGAUGAGAACAGCAACCCCGGGGACCUGUCUGGUGAUGAGAACGAUGAUGCUGUUAGUAUUGAAAGCGGUACUAACACGGAACGCCCCGAUACCCCAACAAACACUCCUAAUGCACCGGGAAGAAAAAGCUGGGGAAAAGGAAAAUGGAAGUCAAAGAAGUGCAAAUAUUCCUUCAAAUGUGUAAAUAGCCUAAAGGAGGACCAUGGUCAGCCUUUGUUUGGAGUCCAGUUUAACUGGCACAGUAAAGAAGGUGAUCCUCUUGUUUUUGCCACUGUAGGCAGCAACAGAGUUACUUUAUAUGAAUGCCACUCCCAAGGAGAAAUACGUCUGUUACAGUCCUACGUAGAUGCUGAUGCAGAUGAAAACUUCUAUACCUGUGCAUGGACAUACGAUAGCAAUACAAGCCAUCCUCUUCUUGCUGUGGCAGGGUCCAGGGGUAUUAUUAGGAUAAUUAAUCCUAUUACAAUGCAGUGCAUAAAGCACUACGUGGGUCAUGGAAAUGCAAUCAAUGAACUGAAAUUCCAUCCAAGAGAUCCAAAUCUCCUUUUAUCUGUAAGCAAAGAUCAUGCAUUGAGACUGUGGAACAUCCAGACAGACACGCUGGUUGCAAUAUUUGGAGGAGUAGAAGGGCACAGGGAUGAGGUGUUAAGUGCAGAUUAUGAUCUUCUUGGUGAAAAAAUCAUGUCUUGUGGAAUGGAUCACUCUCUCAAACUCUGGAGAAUUAAUUCCAAGAGAAUGAUAAAUGCCAUCAAAGAGUCUUAUGAGUACAAUCCAAAUAAAACAAACAGGCCUUUUAUUUCCCAGAAAAUCCACUUUCCUGACUUUUCUACAAGAGACAUACAUAGAAACUAUGUUGACUGCGUACGAUGGUUGGGUGACCUAAUUCUUUCCAAGUCUUGUGAAAAUGCCAUUGUGUGCUGGAAACCUGGUAAAAUGGAAGAUGAUAUAGAUAAAAUCAAGCCAAGUGAGUCGAAUGUGACCAUACUUGGGAGAUUCGAUUACAGCCAGUGUGACAUAUGGUACAUGAGGUUUUCAAUGGAUUUCUGGCAAAAGAUGCUUGCUCUUGGCAAUCAGGUUGGCAAACUUUACGUUUGGGAUUUGGAAAUAGAGGAUCCUCAUAAAGCCAAGUGUACGACUCUUACUCAUCCUAAAUGUGUUGCUGCCAUUCGACAAACCAGUUUUAGCAGGGACAGUAGUAUCCUUAUAGCUGUGUGUGAUGAUGCCAGUAUCUGGCGCUGGGACAGACUACGAUAAGUAACUUUUUUCUUAAUUCAAAGUAGAAAAUAUAUUUUCAAAUUAUAAUAUAGUCUGUUAACCUGCUAGCACGGUAGAUGCGUUUAGCUUAGACUUCCUCGAAGGUUCAGCAGGCUGGAGCUGAACUUAGUGAUGUUUACAUUCUGUGUAUUGUUCUGCUUGAACUUUUGCUGCUUUUAAUAAAAAGAAAUAUUUUUGUAAAGUUUUCUGAACUGUCCAUUUUAAUUAUUUACCACAAUAAGCUUUCAGUUACGACCCAUGGAAUUGCUUUAUGUACAGCUCGUGCAUAAAUACAUAGUAAUUUACUUGAUGCUGUAUUCAUCCUUUUUUAAGCUGACUAGAAAUGUAAUGAAGCUAUUGAAUAUUAUCCAGGGAUAAAACAUUUGUGUGUGUAUAAUUGAAAUGUUAGUGCUUGUAUUCUUUGUAAGUGUUCUAAGACACUGCAGAAUAGUUGUGUGUAGCUGCGUGAACAAUGGAAUUGUUAAUAUUUAGUAAAGAUUAACCAUUUAGGGCUCUUUUUUCCUACUGUUCUCUUAUCCUUUACCCCAACUUGAAUACAUUACGUAUUAUGUACAUGCCAGCACAGUCUCUGCCAACAUAUCAGUGAAUUUUUGUUACUGAAUUAAGGAGAUGGUCCUGUCUCCCACUGACUUUUCAAGUAUACGCCUGGCUUUUAUCUUUCAUGAUAUUGCAUUUGCCUCUUUGUUCCAGUUUGGGAAGCUCAUAAAUUCUCUGUUUAGGUGGCCUACCUGUUCAGCUUGAAAUGGUAUUGACUAAGUCAGUUCUAUUAGUUUGUACUUAGAAAUUUGCAAAACAAUGAGAUCUGGAGCUGGCAAGUAGUUUGCAAGUGUUAGUCUGUAACAUACAACUACCCCCCUUAUAGAAAAAAAAUACAUAUAUUCUUAUUCCUGGAGAACAGCCAUAAUACCUUUGUAGCAAAAUAAGCUGAGAAGGGGAAAGAUGAGAAGUGGGGCUGGAGGGUUUUUUUUAACCUCUAGUUCAACUGAACUGCCAGCACAGCAUGAGCUAGUGUUUAGGUGGCAGCAGCAGUGGGCCUGUGUACUUCAUGCAUGUGGGGCUGGUAGAGUGAAAAAGCACGGGGAUGGAACUGUGGAAGUGAGUUGGAGAGUACUCCAAAAAGCCUGUGGGAACGCCCAGGAGUUCUUCAGGUGAGCUAAACCCUAUUCAGAACGUAGAGGUUGGAGGCUGAUAGCACUGAGUGUUUGCAAAUGUUGAAAGUGAAAUAGGACACAGAAGCAGUUACGACUUCCAGUCACAGUUGUCUGUUAUAUUGUAUGUUACCACUAAGCUGUUUCUGAGAGGAAGGAAGGGUGGUACUUAAAUAAAGGCCUAAAUACAAUUGGGGUGGCUUCAGCUUUUUCAGCUCAUAAUGUUCUGACAGCUGUUCUCUUAAAAUGCAGGAAAAUGUUCCAAGAGGUUUCCUUUGAAAUGCGAUUUAGGGUUGGGUCCCAUUUGGUGGGGACUCUCUGUUCUUUGAAGUGCAGUGUCAGUGCUGUUGUGCAUUUACCAUUUCUUCCCUGCAGUGGGACUGCUCACGGUUUCUUUCAGAGUCAUAGAGCUCUUCACUCUUGGGACACAGCAAACAAAUGUUGGA